AUGAAAUUGGACUCUGUCCCUAGGUGGGGCAACCCCUCGGGUCACCUGGCAAUCCUCAAUCUUCAACCCCUCUGCCCGCCUUCAGCGCAGAUUGUCUUGCAUUUUUGCACCGAGUUGCCAGCGCCAUCGCACAACAUAGUCGGCCGAGGAAUUGCGUACGCCGCUUUGCGUUCGACUAAAGCCUCAGACCAUCUUGCCUUCCUCGUACACCGGGCUUCGCAGGCUUCAUCUUUCGGUUCCGGAUCGAUAUCGACUGUGAGCAUGGUGAUGCCGAACGAGGCCUCUUUGGGAACCGAUGCAAUAGAAGGAGAGAUCUACAACAUACGUGGAGCCAUACUAUUCCGACCAACACCUUACGAUAGGGAAAUUACCGGGAAGGGAGAUUCAAUCAUGGUUUAUGAUCCGAACGCGGACAUGGACUCUCCGCCAUCCUGGGAGAACGAGGAUCCAUCGAAGGAAGAAACAGGUCCAGUACCAGCGGGUUUCGAGAUUCGCGUGAUUGGAGCAGUCGUUGUCUUCAAACGCGUAUAG